GUACGGAAGUGAUGCAGUGACACUUUUUGGUUGCCGGGGAGCUGAGAAGCUGCGUGUAACAUGGCGGGGGAGGAGGUUACUUCGUCUCCGGGAGAGUCUGCUAACGGGUUAGUGGAUCUGUCUGGCCAAGGUCUGCAGAAGCUGAGUCCCACGUUACCAUGUGAAGCUGAUACUCGAACACUAAUUUUGGACAAGAAUCAGAUCAUCAAAUUGGAACACCUAGAGAAAUGCAAAAAUCUUACACAGCUCUCCGUAGCCAAUAACCGUCUUGUUCGGAUGAUGGGAGUUUCAAAAUUGGUCCAUUUGCGAGUACUAAAUCUACCUCACAACAGUAUAGGAUAUGUGGAAGGACUCAAAGACCUGGUGCAUUUGGAAUGGCUGAACCUUGCAGGAAACAAUUUAAAGGUUAUUGAUCAGAUAAACAAUUGCACGUCCCUGCAGCAUCUGGAUUUAUCAGACAAUAACAUAUCUCAGAUCGGCGAUCUCUCCAAGUUAUUGUGUCUCAAGACCCUUCUCCUGCACGGUAACAGCAUCACCACUUUACGCACGGCCUCCACCAGCCUUCCGCAGAAUUUGUCCAUAUUGUCACUUGCAGAGAAUGAAAUCAGAGACCUGAAUGAGGUGUCCUUCCUUGCAGGUCUCUCUGAUCUGGAACAGUUGUCAAUCAUGAACAAUCCUUGUGUGAUGGCCACUCCAUCUAUACCUGGUUUUGACUACAGACCUUAUAUUGUCAGCUGGUGCUUGAACCUUAAAGUCUUAGAUGGAUAUAUAGUUUCACAAAAGGAAAGCUUGAAAGCAGAAUGGCUUUACAGCCAAGGCAAAGGAAGAUCAUACCGGCCGGGCCAGCAUGUUCCACUUGUGCAGUACUUAGCAUCUGUAUGUCCCCUGACGUCUGCACAUGGUCUUCAGACAGAGGAAGAUGCCAAGUUGGAGAAAAUCUUAAGUAAACAAAGGUUACAUCAGAGGCAAUUGAUGCAUCAAAUUCGUAAUGAGACCCAUCUCUCUUCAACUCCCAAUAAAAGAUCCUAUACCUCGGCUGAGCUGCAGAGCCCACCUAGAACCCUUCAUCGAUCUAAUAAUAUUGAGCCUAUUGUAAAGGUGGACACCUGGCUUGGUACAAGUAAUUCAGAAGAUAACUCCUACACAUCAAGAAACGUUUCCUCCAGCCCUGCUCAAUCUGGGCCAUCAUAUUACAACAACCUUUAUCUUGAAGACAUCCAGACUGAUGAGGACAAACUGAAUUGUAGCCUUCUUUCCUCUGAGUCCACAUUCAUGCCUGUUGCUCCUGGUUUAUCCCCAAUGUCUCCCACUGUAGAGCUUAGGGUACCUGGUAUAACAGGGGAAUUAAGUGCCAAUAACACCAUUACCAAAGUGAGUAAAUGUAUUUCUGAGGACUUAACAACACAAGAGAAAGUAAAAGAGGCUGGAGUUGGCAGAACUGUAACUGAGUGCUUGAAACAAGGGGACAACCAUCAUCGGUCCUCUACAGAGUGCACCCAGCCACCCAGUGCCUCCUCUUCUUACAGUGAUGCGGUGGACAGCAAAGUAUUACAGGAUGAAGACAUGGACCGCUUAAAUUGUAUGAACAAAGCAGCAACAAAACUGCAGUCUUAUUGGAGAGGUUUUUAUGCAAGAAACCAUAACCCCAAAGUCAAAGAAGUACAAUAUGAAAUCAGACUCAGCAGAAUGCAGGAGCACAUCGUCUUUCUCACUCAAGAAGUCUCCAGGUUGAAGACAGAAAAGGAUGAGGAGCGGGUGCAGAGGCUUGUACAAGAGGAAGCUCUCCGAUACUUAUGGGACCAGGUUCAGUCCAUUCAAGAUUGGCAAAGGAAAGUAAGCGGUCAGAUUGAUAGUAUUCCAAAGCCUGAUGUACAGUCACCUAAGACAUCGGCACAGCAGUCACCUUCAUACGAGUCUGCUCCUGAAAUCCCAUGCAGCAAAACCACCCCAGACAUCCCGGACUCUGGUUUCCACUCCAUUGAGAUAGGGCAGACAUCUCAUCAGGAACUGAGUGGUUCCGAAAAGAGCUCCACCGAGGAAAGCGCAUCUUCUGAGCAAUCCGUGGAAACCGUAAAACAUUGUCAACAACCAUUGCCCGGUUUCAUUGAGGUUCAUGAGACAACAGCCCAAGAUCCCAGUGAAAGUAGCAAGGAUGACUCCAGCAUAGAACAAGACAGUAGUCUUCUGCAGCAGUAUUUGGAUAAAGUGGAACAACUUGAGAAAGCAGAGGACAACACAAGUCUUAGUGAUGUGACUGAGGAAAGUAGACCUGAAAUUACUAACAGUUCAAUAAACUCAGAUUUCCUCUCCAGUAGCUUCGGACAUGAUUGCGAAGAUGGAAAGAAGGAAGACAUCUCUCAGUCCUCUGAUGAUGCACAGAGCUUGGCAGCAUCACAGGGCGCUUGUACUGAGGCUCCAGAAGGAGAAUUGCUGCAGUAAGGAGAAGUUUGUAGUCUUUUAUCAUUGCUGCUGUUGUAGACUUUUCUGGAAAGGAGCCAUCCUGUGACAUUGACAGCAGACGUAUAGCAGGAGUACUCCUACAGUAAAAGGACGGCAUACAGAUUAGGGGUUAUCAAGCGUGAUCAGCAAGUUUUGGUCACGUAGGUUUUAAGGGCGGAAAAGGUGUCAUUCUAACAUGUGCUGAAGCAUUACAGACCAUACCAUUAUACAUUCCAUAGUCUCUAGUGAUACAGCUUCUUUCUACUAUAUCGGAAAAGAGUUGCAGCAUGUUUCUUUAUUGUUGCUUGGCUUUUGUCAUGUUUUUAGGGGCUCAACGUGUAAUGUAUAUUGUAGUAAUACCAUUGAUGCACUUUAAGAAAAAAUUGCUGGUUUGUCUACAUAUUUCAUAGUUGCAGAAUGUCUUGAUUGGCAAGUAGUGGUAUUCUAGUCCUUAACAGCUUGGGUAAAUGGGUUCUGCCAACUGCUAUGCCAGCCAUGAACACAGUCAUGCUUUAUCAGUGGUUUUUCAAUCCUCUCCCAGUCCUCAAAAGUAAAGGUGCAGGUGGAUUUUCAGGGGACCCAUCCGUACCACUUCUAUAACAGAGGUUGUCACCAUUCAGAAUGCAGCUGCCGGUCAGCUGAUCAAUAGUGAUUUUGCUGGUGGAAGACACAGAUGCUGCUGGAGAAGUUUUAAGCAUUACAUGGUGGAUAUUCUGACCAUCCGUGUAAUGUAAGGACAGCUCAAGUCCGCCAGAGCAGGCGCGACUCCUACAGAACAGGGGUGGACUGGCCAUAGGGGAACUUCCUGUGGGCCGAUGACCAGGAGGCUGCCUGAGCUCUCCCCCACCACUCAUGGUAAGUAAUGAUCUGAAGCUCCCCUGCUGA